UGAUCAAUUUGAAUUGACGAUAGAAAGUGAUUCAAAAAAUGUUGAAUUUUAACACGAUUGAUAAUUCGAACGCAUUUUCACAUCCGAUCCCGUUGCAUAGCGGAAAUUUUAAUGAAACCGCAAGUGCAAUGGUUACAUCAUCCUCAUCAAAUCAUUCGAAUCAGUCUCAAGCGCAACAGAUUAACUUGAAUUAUCUAAGUGCAAAUGGCAACGACGAUCAAACCAACUGGACGCAUUCUGAAACUGCUCAUAACAGUAGUUCGACAAUCGAUGACAAUUGCAAUCGAAACAACAAUAAUUUACCAAGUGAAACGGAUCGUGUACAACAUCAUCAGAAGGAUUAUUUGCAAACGGUUAUUACUGAUACCGAAUCAUACACGCGAUCGAAUUUAAAUAUGGGCAAUUAUCUGCAACAAAAAGGGUCGGAAAAUGUUAAAAGGUUUUCGGUGAAUAACUUGUUGCAAUUGGCAAACAAUUGCCGAGCCCUUGUUGAUGACCAUCGAUUAUCUUCGGAAGAAGCGUAUGGGAGUGAUCAUUUGAACGAAACGUCGAGCAAUACAUGUAUGGUAAAUUCAACGAAGAAACCACGACGUAAUCGAACCACAUUCACAAGCGGCCAACUGAAUUCAUUAGAAAAAAUAUUCGAGCGAACACAUUAUCCCGACGCUUUUGUAAGAGAAGAGUUGGCAUCAAAAGUUGGAUUGAGUGAAGCUAGAGUUCAAGUUUGGUUUCAGAAUCGUCGUGCAAAGUUUCGACGCAAUGAGCGUUCAACGUCAAAUCGUUCGCUGGUUUCUCAGUCACCGGGGCAGCCGGUUCCAAUUCUUGCUCAUAACCAACACAAAGCAAUGGAUAAAUCACAUUUUCCCACAUCGUCACCAAUUGAUGGCAUUCCAAUCACACCAGCGACGCAUUAUUCACUUGGUUUCACUAGUUUGGGCGUAUUUUCAACGGCAGCAGCAAUGGCAGCAGCCAAUUCAUCAAAAAAUUCCAAUUUCAAUUAUGGAAACGCAUACAAUCCGUAUCAUGCAGUUGGUCCGGCUGAUACCAAUAAUCCUUACCUUGCCAACAAUUACUGCCAACCAAACUACAAUAAUUUUGCAUCAUUUAGAUAUAAGCCACAAACCGUUCAACCGCCACCAUCACAUGGAUACUCAACCAUUUAGCAUAUAUCUUCUGUUUAAUGUGUGAACAUUUUUUUAUUCUUGUUUAGAAUUUACGUUUCGUUUACAGAUUAAGGGAAAUAUUACUUCAGGAUUGAUUUUCAACUUGAACCGUGACUGAGUAAAAACAAAUAUAAUAAAAGUCAUUGAUUUUACUUACAUAUGCACAAUUUCCAGUGAAUAAAACAUCUUAAAUAAAAAUUCUAUUCCCGUUUAGUCACAAAACAAAAAUUUUAUAUUCAAAAUCAUGUUUACGUCUUUGCAAAUAUCAAGACUUUGUGACAUAAAUAAAAUUGAA